AUGCCAUUCUUCAAUCAGAGCAUUUUCUACCCUACAGUCUUCUUUCUUACUGGCAUCCCUGGUUUUGAAACCUACCAUGCCUGGAUCUUCAUCCCAUUCUGUUGUCUCUAUGUCAUUGCCAUCUCAGGAAAUGGCAUGAUCUUGUUUGUCAUCAUCACUGAAUCAAGCCUUCAUGAACCCAUGUACUAUUUUCUCUCCAUGUUAUCCUUCACGGACCUAGGACUAUGCCUUUCCACACUGGUCACCAUGGUGGGUAUUUUCUGGUUCAGCACUCGAGAAAUCAGUUUUGAUGCCUGCGUUGGCCAAAUGUUCUUUAUCCAUGGUUUUACAUUAAUGGAGUCCUCGGUACUCCUUGCAAUGGCCUUUGACCGCUAUAUUGCCAUCUGUAAUCCACUGAGAUAUGUCACAAUCUUAACCAAUUCAAGGAUCAUCAAAGUGGGCUUUGCAAUUGUUGUUAGGGUGACAACAGUUGUAGUGCCUUUACUCCUUCUCCUUAAGCGUCUGUCCUUCUGUGGAAGUUGUAUUCUGCACCAUUCAUAUUGCUUCCACCCUGACGUGAUGAAGCUUUCAUGCACAGACACCAAGAUCAACAGUGCAUUUGGUCUGGCCAUUGUCAUCUCUACCAUUGCCUUGGACUCUGUCUUGAUCCUCCUCUCCUAUGUCCUGAUCAUCCACUCCGUGCUCAGCAUUGCCUCCCCAGAGGAGCGGAAAAAGGCCUUUGGAACAUGUAUAUCCCACACAAGUGCCGUUGCCAUCUUCUACAUCCCCAUGAUCAGCUUGUCACUGGUGCAUAGAUUUGGGAAGCACGCCCCUCCCCUUGUACAUACUCUCAUUGCCAACAUUUAUCUGCUCAUCCCUCCUGUAAUGAAUCCCAUAAUCUACAGUGUGAAGACCAAGCAAAUUCACAAGGCCAUGGUCAAAAUAUUUCUUUCCAAGCUAAUUUAG